AUGUCUAGCGCCGAGGCAAGCACGAGCGCCGACGCUGCUCGUCCGUCCAAGCGCAGCAAGAUGAACGCUCCGGACGCCGAGACCAUCGCCAACCCUUACCUGGCUCACUGGAACGAGAACGGCGCCUCUUCUUCCAACGCCGCCACUGUCAAUGGCUCGAUUGCAGAUGAUCACCCCUUAGCCGGUCUCAUUCCACGCAAAGUCACCGGUCCCCAGGCGCGAAAGAUUAUGGAGGGCGAUGUCAACCCCUUCUCCGUGGCGCCCAAGCCAUUCUCAGAAGGCUACAAAAAGAUCCUGUCCAAGCGAAAGGAGCUGCCGGUCUACGCUCAGAUGGACGACUUCUACCAGCUGUUCAACAACAACCAGAUCAUGGUCAUGAUCGGUGAAACUGGUUCCGGCAAGACCACGCAGAUCCCGCAAUUCGUCGCCUAUUCGGACCUUCCCAACACACAAAAGUCCAAGGGCUCCGACGGCAUCCUCGCACCUCGCAUGAUCGCGUGUACACAGCCUCGUAGGGUGGCUGCUAUGAGCGUUGCCAAGCGUGUGGCAGAGGAGAUGGAUGUUUCGCUCGGCAAGGAGGUCGGUUACACGAUUCGAUUCGAGGACGCCACCGACCGAAGGACCACCUUCCUGAAGUACAUGACCGACGGUAUGCUCUUGCGUGAAGCUAUGCACGACCACAACCUCGAACGCUACAGCUGCAUCAUUCUCGACGAGGCGCAUGAACGUACGCUUGCCACCGAUAUUCUCAUGGGUCUGCUCAAGGAGGUGGUGCAAAGGCGAUCGGAUCUCAAGCUCAUCGUCAUGUCGGCCACCCUGGACGCGCUCAAGUUCCAAAAGUACUUCAACGAUGCUCCUUUGCUCAAGGUGCCCGGUCGCACAUUCCCAGUCGAGACCUUCUACACACCCGAGCCCGAGCCAGACUACCUCGAAGCCGCUAUUCGUACCGUCAUCAUGAUCCACCAGGCAGAAGACGCCGGUGAUAUUCUGGUCUUCCUGACGGGUGAGGAAGAGAUUGAAGACGCCUGCCGUAAGAUCAAGGCCGAAGCGGACGACUUGGCAGCCACCAACCCGGAUCUCUGUGGUCCUCUCAAGGUCGUUCCCCUCUACUCGUCGCUGCCACCUGCACAGCAACAGCGCAUCUUCGACCCAGCACCGGCACCUCUCACCCCCAACGGCCCUCCUGGACGCAAAGUUGUCGUCAGCACCAACAUUGCAGAGACCUCACUGACCAUCGACGGCAUCGUCUACGUCGUCGACCCGGGUUUCAGCAAGCAAAAGGUGUACAACCCCCGUAUUCGUGUCGAGUCGCUGCUGGUGACACCCAUCUCCAAGGCCUCGGCGCAGCAGCGAGCAGGUCGUGCCGGUCGUACGCGUCCAGGCAAGUGCUUCAGGCUGUACACCGAGAAGGACUGGGCCAACGAGCUGAUCGAGCAGAGCUACCCCGAGAUUCUCCGAAGCAACUUGGCCAACACGGUACUCGAACUCAAGAAGCUCGGCAUCUCGAACUUGGUCACCUUCGACUACAUGGACCCACCUGCGCCCGAGACCAUCAUGCGUGCGCUUGAGCUGCUCAACUAUCUUGCGGCGUUCGACGACGAGGGCAACCUGACACCGCUGGGUGAGAUCAUGGCCGACUUCCCUUUGGACCCCCAGCUGGCCAAGAUGCUCAUCGUCAGUCCCGAGUUCAAGUGUUCCAACGAGAUCUUGACCAUUGCGGCCAUGCUGUCGGUGCCCAACGUCUUCGUUCGACCCAACUCGCAGAAGCAACAGGCUGACGCAGCACAGGCUGAGUUCGCUCACCCCGACGGCGACCACUUGACGCUGCUCAAUGUCUACCACGCCUACAAGACCAACUGCCGCGACAACAAGACGGCAGCGGACUGGUGCUGGCAGAACUACCUGUCGCACCGUGCUCUGAUGCAGGCCGACAACGUUCGCUCGCAGCUACAGCGUCUGAUGGAGCGACACAACCUCGGCCUGGUCUCGACGCCAUUCGAGGACAAGCGAUACUACACCAACAUCCAGAUGGCCAUCGCCUGCGGUUUCUUCAUGCAAGUCGCUCACCGCGCAGGAGGCAACAAGAAGGCGUUCCAGACCAUCAAAGACAACCAGGUGGUCUCGCCGCACCCGUCUUCGACGCUCGAUCACGCCGCCGAGUUUGUCAUCUACCACGAAUUUGUGCUGACGACGCGCAACUUUAUCCGCACCAUCACCGAGGUCAAGCCCGAAUGGCUAUACGACUUUGCGCCCCUCUAUUUUGACCCCAACAACAUGGACGGCGAGGUGAAGCGCAUCAUGAGCGCUCUCAAGGCUCGCAAGGAGAAGGGUGGAGCGUCGGCCAAGCGCAGGUAA